AUGAAGCUUGUAAUCGGUGUUUGCUGUUCCGAUUGUUCGUGCGAAGCAGUAUUCUUAUGGAAAUCCCCUGAAAUCGAGCUGCAUUUCGUUUAUUCAGGAGGAACUUUGAAGAAGGAGCGAGGUUUGAGUAAUGGCGCAAGGGGAAGUGGGGCGCUGCAUCUUUCCAUUGACGAGUUUGCAGAUUGGAAAUACUAUGAAGAGAGGAAAAGGGAUUUGCAGUCCUACCUUUCAGAUCUCCACUUAUUUCUACCUUCUGAGAGUGGGAAUUUCUAUAUCUUGGUGGACAAUAGGCCAUGGCUGAAAGAUCUUGCGCCUCUGCCUACUCAUUGGUGGCAAUUGAUGGUUACUAAGUCCAGGUUGUCCCCAUUCGCGAACACAAGGGGCAAGAAGGAAAAAAUGACAACUGAAGAACUUCCAGAAUCACAGACUUCUUCCCCACCACCUACCAGAAAAUUAAGAGUUCUCCGAGAGUGGUUCCGUGUCAUCGAUGAUGUGGUUGGAUCUAGGGAGGAUGCUUUGCUUCCAGUAAAGAAGCUCACAACCUCAUUGAUUGCAAAUGGCUUGAUACACAGCACUCUGUAUGGGUUCAUUGUAUUUGAGGUUGUGUGGAGCAAUGUUCGUGGAAUCAAUUAUUAUAAUGAUCUUCAGACAGAUACAUCACUUGCAAUAGAGGCUAAGAUUAUGCGAAGAUGGGAAUUCGACAGUAUAGCACAAGCUGUGUGGAGCAUAGCCUCAUGGUUUCCUGGGACGAUGGAAGAACAUAUUCUGCUGAAGGAGCAUUUGGAAAUCACAUUAGGAGAGGAUUACUAUGAUGCUGAAGAAAGUUUCGUGACGACUAUUAAUGAGGAUGGGGACGAAACUACUAGUGAUGUUACACCUGCAGGAAGUGAAACUCCCUGCUCUAUGGAGCAUACUCCUAGUGUGUGUCCAGAUACAACUGACAGUAUUAAGAGAACACACCGUGUGUCUCCUACCCUCAAUGAGCCUCCCAGAAGAUGGAAUUUUUUUCGCUCUAGUCACUAUGAAGCUGAGCACGCUUCUAGCUCUGGAGAAGCAAACAAUGAACCAAAUGGAAUCUGUUCGAAGACCUCUGAUGUAAGUGACAGUGAAGAAAAAAUCGAGGUCACAGUCUAUCGUGAUGUUUUGAUUCUAUUCAAGUUCAGUGAUCCCUAUCUCCCUUUCAAGCUAAAGGAAAUAAUAAUGCCAAAACUAAGGCUACUCACUCUACUUGAAGCUGGACUUCCAUCGUGGGUCAUUUUCCUGCAGUCUUACCCAGGAUUUUGCCGGCUCUACCGACCAUGGAUGUGCCCUCUAGCACGAGGCCUAUAUGUCCUUAUCUCAGUCAUUACUGUCCUCAUUGGCUUCUAUGACUUAUACAAGAAUGUACCUCUGCUUAAGGCAACAGUUUCUAGAAUGUUCGGACCCCUCUGCGACUGGAUAGAUGCGUGGGAAAUGACUUCAAGGAUUCAGUAUUUAGGAACUAUGCUGUUUCUUCAUAACUUCCAAAAGGCCAUGAAAUGGUUCCUCACUGCAACAAGGACCGUUCUCUCCUUCCUCUCAUUCUGUGUUAUGCCAUUGGCUCGGCCCUUUGCUGAGGUCGUGGAAUUCUUCUUGCCCCUUUGGAAUCUGUUCGAACCAGUAGCAGAGGAUUUCUUCUCAGUGAUUUCGGCAGUGGUGGAAUCUUCCUUCACGAUGAUAGGUGAUAUUUUGGAGAUCUUCCUGCUGCCGGUGUGGUACUUGUUCAAUGUAGCUUGGAAUGUUUCAACAAAAUUGGUAUACUCUGUAGCAUGGAUACUUUUUUACGCUCCGUUCAGGCUGCUCUUCGGGUUCUGCCGUAUUCUCGCGUCCUCAAGUUCGGUCUUAUUCGCCUUGUUUAGAGAUGUGUGGAUGUCUUCAAGUAGCAUCUUUAGGGUGACAAGGAGUGUUCAGUCAACGGUGAGCACAGUUGAGAUUUCAAUGUGGCGUUCCCUUUGGAAUGACCUUUUCUCUCAGAUUUUUCGUGCUCUCCGAAGUAUUCUCCACGGUUUAGUGGCUUUCCUUGCUGCCUGCAAUAGGCAUCGGCUCAGUAUCUAUAAUCAUGUGCGUGAGUUCAUUCAAAGAUCGUUAAGAGCCAUGAGGACGUGGCCUCAAGAAAAAGUUGGGAUUAGUUGCUCCUCCCUGGAAAGAGUCCUUUUAUCGAGUGAAGAAGUCCAAGAAGGAGAUGUAACAUCUCAAUCAGAGGUAACCACAGAAAGCAAUCUUCAGAGAGAGAGAGGAGAGGGAGGGAGGGAGAAAUUUCAGCUUGGCUUGCAGAGACUUAACUAG